AUGUCCGGGAACCCUAGGGAUCAGUUGCACAAGCUCCAGAUGGCCCUCCAAAACCGCCGCGGCGGUUUUGGUGGCGGCUUCGGUGGUGGUAAUCCUCGCGCCGGCAUGGGCCUCGCUACCUUGUUCCUCACUGGUCUUGGAGUAUAUGCUGUUUCCAACUCGCUGUUCAACGUUGAUGGUGGUCACCGUGCGAUCAAGUACUCCAGAGUAGGUGGUGUCAAGAAGGAAAUCUACAGUGAAGGAACUCAUCUUCGGAUUCCCUGGGUCGAAACUCCUAUUAUCUACGAUGUCCGCGCAAAGCCGCGCAAUAUUGCUUCCCUUACCGGUACCAAGGACUUGCAGAUGGUGAACAUCACCUGCCGUGUCCUGUCCAGACCCCGUGUCGAUGCCCUCCCCCAAAUAUACCGUACCCUGGGACAGGACUUUGACGAGCGUGUGCUUCCGUCGAUUGUGAACGAGGUUUUGAAGAGCGUGGUGGCACAAUUCAACGCCAGUCAGUUGAUCACUCAGCGUGAGAACGUUGCCCGCUUGGUCCGGGAGAACCUUGCUCGUCGGGCUGCUCGCUUCAACAUUGCCCUGGACGAUGUGUCGCUUACGCACUUGACCUUCUCCCCCGAAUUCACCGCCGCCGUCGAAGCCAAGCAGGUUGCUCAGCAGGAAGCCCAGCGGGCCGCGUUCCUGGUCGACAAGGCCCGCCAGGAGAAGCAAGCAUUCAUUGUGCGCGCUCAGGGUGAGGCUCGUUCAGCCGAGCUGAUCGGUGACGCCAUCAAGAAGAGCAAGAGUUACAUCGAGCUGCGGAAGAUCGAGAACGCCCGCCACAUCGCCCAGAUCCUGCAGGAGAACGGUGGCCGGAACAAGCUGUACCUGGACAGCCAGGGACUGGGCUUGAACGUCAACGCGGGCUCCGACGAUACGAAAUAA